GCCAUCACCACCACCACUAGUACACACCAGUACCACCCAGUAAUCGCCAAGAUGAAGUUACUCUCUUUCGUCGUCACGACACUCCUUUCCAUCACUGGCCUCGUCGCCGCCGUGAGUCCUGGUACCUGCACUGGUACUUGCCAGGGAUACUCCCAUGACCCUGCAAUCAUGCGCCGUGUCAGCGACGGCACCUACUUCCGCUUCAGCACCGCCGGCAAGAUCAACAUUGCCACCUCGUCCUCCCUUCAGGGACCUUGGACUUUGAAGGGUGCUGCCAUCACGGCCGGUUCCAAGAUCGGCAUCGCCGGUUCGGAUGACCUCUGGGCUCCCGAUAUUUACGGCCCCAUCAGCGGCUACUACUACCUAUACUACUCCGUCAGCACCUUCGGCAGCCAAGUCUCCGCCAUCGGUGUUGCCCGCUCAACCACCAUGGACGUCGGCACCUGGGAGGAUCUCGGCGCCACUGGUAUUUCCUCCAAGGCCGGCAGUGCCUACAACGCCAUCGACGGCAACCUCGUGAGCACUUCCGACGGAUACUACAUGACAUUCGGCAGCUGGUGGAACGAUCUGUACCAAGUAGCGAUGGCCGACCCGCCGACCAAAGUCCGUUCCGGCUCCACCUCUUACCAGGUCGCAUACAACAGCACCGGCGGCCACGCCGUCGAGGGUGGCUUCGUCUACGCCCGCGGCAGCUACUACUACCUCUUCUUCAGCUCCGGCGUCUGCUGCGGCUUCGACUCGUCCCGCCCCGCCCAGGGCGAGGAGUACCGCAUCAACGUCUGCCGCUCCACUGCUGUCGGCGGCCCGUACGUUGACGCCUCCGGCCGCUCGUGCAAGACCACUGGAGGAACCACCGUUCUCGCUUCGAGUGGAAACGUCUACGGGCCCGGCGGACAGGGUGUUUACGCUGAUCCCAAGCUCGGCGCUGUUCUCUACUACCACUACGUCAAUACGAACGUUGGAUACGCAGAUGGCCAGAAGACUUUCGGCUGGAAUGUGCUCAGCUGGAGCACUGGCUGGCCGGUGGCGACGUAAACGGAUGGGAAGGAAGGAAGCAAUCGAGUGUGCAGAUGUUCAUAGUCUCAUUAAUAUGGCGUUUUCUGCAAAAGAAUCAUUG